AAGCAGAAACAACAGGAGCAAAAAAAAAAUACUAGGACUGGUGGUUGCAGAGAAGAAGCAUUUCCAUUCAUACUAUGGCUAUGACAAAUUGCUUUCAAGUAACCAGCAGUUCCUGCAAGGUUGGAAUCUCUGCUCACUGCACCACUGCCCAUUCAUUUGCCUCACCAGACAAGCUCAACUUCCCGUCGUCAUCUUCCUACACCAGAAGAGAUUUCAACAACUCAUCAGUCACCCUUUUGCCAACUUCCAAACCAAGGAGAUCCCACUUCGUUUGCAAAGCUCAAGAAGCUCUUGACCAAGUUCAACCAGUGACAGAGCAGACAUGGGAGAAGCUGGUGAUAGGAUGUGAGAACCCAGUGCUGGUGGAGUUCUGGGCGCCGUGGUGCGGACCGUGCCGGAUGAUAGCUCCGGUGAUCGACGAGCUGGCGAAGGAGUACGCCGGGAAGCUGUCCUGCUACAAGGUGAAUACCGACGAGUGCCCAAACAUUGCUAGCCAGUGUGGGAUCAGGAGCAUCCCAACUGUGCUCUUCUACAACAAGGGUGAGAGGAAAGAGAGCAUCAUUGGUGCUGUCCCUAAGUCCACUUUGUGUAGUACUCUAGAGAAGUACAUUGAUGGUUGAAAAGAAGGGGAAAAAAGAACAUAAUUUCCUCCCCAAUGUCUUUUUUUUGCAAAUUCCACCACUUUGUUCUCCAAACAUGAUGAUGGUCUAAGCCACAUGUGUAUAAACAAGCAUCUCUAUGUAUUUGGAAUGCUCCUGCUUUAGCCUCAAUUUUUAGAGCACAAAAUACUUGAAGUAGUGGAAAGUCAGCAUUUGAUGAGGAGAGCUCAUUCGGGAGUUGGGACUUGGAUUCUUAAAAUCCAAUGAUUCCGAAGGAAGCAUCCUGUUUUUCUUAUUUGAGAAUGUCUCUUCGGAAAUCUUAAAUCUCGAAAAGGUAAGAGAAAAUCUUUCAUCGAUGAGAUUUAAACUUCUGACCUUUUCUUUUUAACAUUUGUUCCACCAAUAAAUUUCUUUUUUGUCAUUUCUUUGAGAAAUCAAAUAAAAAAGAAGUGUCCCU